AGCCAUUUUGGCUCAAACGUGUGCCAAGCGCUUUUGGCCAGGCGUUGCGCGGUGGAAGAGAGAGAGAGAGAGAUCUCUCUUUGCGCAGGGGGGGUCUGGGAGGGCGGACGGGCAGAGCGCGAAGCCAUGGUGAGCCGAAUGGUGGGACGCCUGCGGUCGGCCUACGAGAACUCGAGGGAUGCGGUGCGCACCAUCGGCGAGGUCGUCGAGGAACACAAGGCCCUGCUGUGGCUCAUGGGCACCGCCUCCUCGGGGCUCGCCGGCUGGGCGGUGUACACCGCCCGGCGCCUGCACUACGCCAGGGUCGAGGGCGAGAUGAACCACCUCUCGGAGAAGAUAGAGGCGAUGCUGGGUCGGAAGCAGGAGGUGCCGCCAGAGCCCGAGCAGCCUCAGCUCAACAUGCGGUUGGUGCUCGUGCCGUCGGUGAUGUCGGCCUUCCUGGUGGGCUACGUGGCCGGGCGUACCCAGAGUAGCUACAGGUGGCACCGGCAGAUGCGGGUGAACGAGGGGCUCAGCAAGCGUUAACAAGCGGCGGGUGUACGUGGCCGUGAUCCCCGAGCAGCUCUUCAGCGCCCCGCUGCUGGCCUCGGAGCUGGAGCGGGCCGUCGGGCGCGCCGACGCCGAGCGGGGCAGGUCCUGGCUGGGGGGCUGGCGCGGGGACGCCGAGAGGGCAGAGAGGGGCUAAGGGCCAGCGGCCUGCCCGGCGGGGCCCGGCCCGGCGAGAGGGCGCCCGGGCAGCCGAGGCCGGGCGAGGCAGCGCUCGCGGGGCACGCGCGGGGGGCAGCGCGUGCGCUCAGGGCGGCGGCGAGGGCGGCGAGGCGGCAGGGCGGCGCGGCGGC